GAGGCGGCCUUUCCAGCCGCGCGCGGGAGGAAAAGCAGGCGGCCGCCUACGGAGGCGACAUUUGCAGAGAUGCCACGGCGCAAGACGAGGCCUGCAACGCCCAGCCCUGCCCGGUGGACUGUGAGUGGGGCACCUGGACCGACUUCGACGCCUGCACCACCACCUGCGGAGGAGGCAAGUCGAAGCGAGAGCGCAUCGUCUGGGUGGCACCUGCUCACGGAGGCGCUGAAUGCGAAGGUUCAGCUGUGGAUGAGGAGCUUUGCAACAAGCACCCCUGUCCCGAAGAUUGCCACUGGAGCGAUUGGUCCGCCUUCACAGACUGCAGCCAGACCUGCGGCGGCGGCACCACAUCCCGCACGCGCACCGUGGUGAAGGAGGCGCACGACAGCGGCGCCCCUUGUUUGGGCGACGCCAAGGAGGAGCAGCCCUGCGGAACGUCGGAGUGCCCCGCAGACUGCCAGUGGGAUGAGUGGAGCCCUUGGACCGGCUGCACCCGCACCUGCGACGGGGGGGUGAUGACCCGGCAACGCGACAUCUUGGAGCCGGGCCACGACGGUGGCCUGGACUGCCACGGGGAGUCCUCCCAGCAGGCGGUGUGCGGCAGCGUGCAGUGCCCGGUGGACUGCGUGGUCACCGAUUGGUCGCCAUGGUCCGGGUGCUCCGCCACCUGCGACGGGGGCGUCAUCAUGAGGUUCCGCAUCGAGUCGGUUGAGGCGGCC